AUGGAAUACUUGGAGGAGUCGAUGUCUGACUGCAGUGUGGAUUCUAAUGAUCUACCACCCAUGCCACCAUUGAUGAAGUCGAAGAGGACUAAGCUCAACCGAACGUUCAGAAAGCAUGGUCCAUCGUCCGUUCCACCAUCUCCUGCGUCAAACCUUUUAGAAGAAAACAUGGAGAAAGCGUCGUGUAUGAGAUCCGCUUCACUGGAAAACACAGAAGACAUGAGCAGUAUACCCCCUGAGUUUACCAUUAGCACAAUUCCUGUGUCUCCUCCGCCAUUGAUAAAAUGGACAAUUCCUUCAGCCAGUAUUUCUAAUCGUCAGCCAGCUUUCCAACAGGCAUUUCAAACUGCAGACAAAAGCCAAAGGGAUGAAGCAACGUCUAGUGCACAGUCUGAAAUGGAAGACGUGGUGAACUGGACUUCAACAUUUAGCGGGCGUGAGAAACAUGCAUCGCCUGUGAAGCAACCUCUUCAGUUCGAAAUAGAUGGCUUAACUCCAGCCACAGCGUCAAAUACUGCAGUUUUUGGUGGACGGACGCCUGACCUGUGGGAGCAAGCUGAUGCGUUUGGCAUGUCAGUUGAACGAAGGCAUCCUAUCGGACAACAUUCUGAACCUUCUAAGGUUACGGCUCAGAAUCAGGAUUCGUACAAGAGAUCUAAGUGUAAGACAUUACAGAGGUGUCAGUUUUGCCAAAAAGAGUUCAAGUACGUUUCUCGCCUCCGCGAGCAUGAACGUGUUCAUACUGGAGAUCGACCAUUCAAGUGUGAUGUAUGCGAGAAGUCUUUCACUCAGUCAGGUAGUCUCUGUGCUCAUAAACGUACUCAUACUGGAGAUCGACCAUUUAAAUGUGAUUUAUGCGGGAUGUCUUUCUCUUAUUCAGGCCAUCUCUGUGCUCAUAAACGUACUCAUACUGGAGAUCGACCAUUCAAGUGUGAUGUAUGCGGGAAAUCUUUCACUCAGUCAGGCAAUCUAUGUGUUCAUAAACAUACUCAUACUGGAGAGAGACCGCACAAGUGUAAGAAAUGUGGAAAAUCGUUCACACAUCCGUCUAAUUUACGCAGGCAUAAACGUAUCCAUUCUUCAAUAAAGACCUUUUACGUGCAAGACACGUGUAAGGUCAUCCACACAGUCAUCCUAACUACACGACCAUGAACAUACAUACAGGAAAACGUGCAUAUAGAUGCAGAGAGUGCGCAAAGUUCCUCAGAACAUCAUCAUGUUAUCCUAGACACCAGUGUAUUUAUA